UGGCCCUGCCUCUUCUCUGUGUUGUUGUUGUGUGACAUUGUCUGCCUGAGAUCAUCACCUAAACACUGAGGGAUUUCUCUACCAGAGAAAAUGUCCUCUUUGUUGAAGCCGUUUUCGGUGUGUGAAGGGCCAUGUGAGAGCUCCGGGGUGAGGAGAGGAUCACCGAGCUCUACCCCGAUCCAACAGCAGCCUUCAUCCCGGAGUCUAGCCGCUGCCGCCGCCGCCGCGGGGCUCGGCUCUCUGCCGACCCACCAGCGGUCGUACGCGGCGAGGAGGAACCUGGCGGCGGCUGCGGUCGGAGGGAGGAAAAUCACGCAUCCUGGAAAGGCUAUCCUAGCAGGUGGUAUCGCAGGAGGGAUUGAGAUCUGUAUCACCUUCCCCACAGAGUAUGUUAAGACCCAGCUGCAGCUAGAUGAACGAGCCAACCCACCGCGGUACAGAGGGAUCGGUGACUGUGUGAAGUUGACUGUGCAGGAUCAUGGGCUCAGAGGGUUGUAUCGAGGCCUCAGCUCCCUGCUUUACGGAUCGAUACCCAAGUCUGCAGUGAGGUUUGGUACGUUUGAGAUGCUCAGUAACCCGAUGCGAGAUGCGACAGGUCGGCUGGACAACACACGGAGCCUCCUGUGUGGUCUAGGAGCCGGUAUCGCAGAAGCAAUCGUGAUCGUCUGCCCAAUGGAGACUCUGAAGGUGAAGAUGAUCCAUGACCAGUGUUCCCUCCGACCUCGUUACAGAGGAUUCUUCCAUGGAGUCAGUGAGAUUAUUAGAGAACAGGGAGUGAGGGGGACGUAUCAAGGUCUGACAGCAACUGUGCUAAAACAAGGAACAAAUCAGGCCAUCCGAUUCUAUGUGAUGAACUUGCUACGUAAUUGGUACAAAGGUGACGACCCCAGAAAAGAAAUGCACCCGAUUGUCACGGCGAUGUUUGGAGCGACUGCAGGAGCUGCUAGUGUCUUUGGAAAUACACCUUUGGAUGUGGUGAAAACCAGGAUGCAGGGUUUGGAGGCCCAUCGCUACAAAAACACAGUGGACUGUGCGUUCCAGAUCUUGAAGCAGGAAGGACCUAUGGCGUUCUACAAAGGAACAGUUCCCAGGCUCGGCCGGGUGUGUUUAGAUGUGGCCAUAGUCUUCGUCAUCUAUGAGGAGGUGGUCAAACUUCUGAACAAUGUGUGGAAAACUCAGUAGACCCCACAGACGGGAGGACAGAGGUCCAGAGAGAAGCACAGACCAGUGCCUCAUGCUACGCACAACUGAACACCUCUACUCUACUUCAUACUGGCUCUCUGCAUCACCCCGAGCAGACGAUGUGUCGUCUUUUCAACUUUGAAUCUAAAACCAAUGAUUUGAAGGACCUACGCUGUGACAGAAAAAGGCAGGGAGAUUCUGGAAACAGUUUUCAGAUCAGGAUUUGGAUUCAGGAGGAGUGGUUCUGUGUGGAAAAAGGCAAAUGAAGUUCCAAAUGAUGUGUUAUUCUGUGCGUCUGACCAAACUUGUAGACUAUCUUUAGUCAUUUGACCAGAAAACACAAGUAUUUCGAGAACAACACAUUAAUCACCAAAGUUUAGAUGAGGAAGAGUGUUUUAAAGCAGGUUUAAAAGGGAUAUUAUGUUUAUAUGGUCUUGUAGCUUUUUAUGACUGUUGUUGCCGUUCGUGUUGUAGAUUGAACACUAAGAAUCAAACCAUAAAUGUGUCUUUUGAAUCUUGGAGUACUUGACAUGAUACAUAGAACAGAGACACUUCUGAACAAACUCACCGCAGUAUUAAUUAAAGCUUACAUGACUGUG